AUGGAUAGCAAUAAAAAGGUUUCCUUUAAUACUACAAUGAGAACCUAAACAUUCUAUACUACUUCUAAUUCGAUCUAAGAUGAUAAUAAAUUGGUGAAAGAUAUUUAAACCAAAAUUCAUUCUAUUUUAAAAGGAGAAAAUGCAGAAAGCGAUUAUUCACAUAGAUUCAAAUGCAAGGUUCCACUAUUGUAAACUACUGAUGGCUAAAAGUUAUGCAAUAAAUUAAUCAAAUUUAAUGAAAACUAUAAAAUUGCUGAAUCAGAUAAGGAUUAAAUCGCAAUUAAUAGUAAGGUCUUGAAAUCAUAUAAGUUUAAUUCAGUUAUAUCCAAAAGGAGAUUGACAAAAAGUUAAUAAUAAAAAACUACAAUAUAAAAUACCUCUCAUCAUUCGGAGGAUAAAUACAAUAAAAUAUUUAACACAGAAUGGUCAGAGUAUCAGAAUAUAUACGAUUUACACAACCUCCUCACUCCUAAUUCUUUAGAUAUGGGUCCAGCUUAUGCUGAAGUGCAAUUCAUUAAAUCUAAAAUCAAAAAACGGCACUAAGAUACCUUAGUUCUGCCCAAAAGUAAUCGUAACGUAAUAGAGAAUAAUAAACCCAAAAAAUUUAUUGAUUUAGAUCAGAUUUACCUUGUUUAGCCUAAUUAAAUAUCAACUAGUAGAGUAGUUUUGAAAUCUACCAACAACAGAGAAUCAAAAAGUUAAAGAAGACAUUAAGCAUUCUAAAAUUGA